AUGGAAGAUACUAAGGCAAAUAUAAAUAUAAAAGCAUUGCUACCUAAGGAUUGCAACAUUUCAAAGCUAGAGUCCAGCUUAGCUGCAAAUCCAGCGUCUCAUGAGGCCUUACAGAGGCAACUUUCUCAAAUGCAGCAACAGGUUCUACCUUUAAGACUUUUAUUUAAUAACUUGUUAUCUAUUCUUUCUGGAACAAAUGAUACAAUAGCUGAUAAUGAAAUAUACUAUUCCACAGUUCGGGAGAUGGUAGUUGAAAUAUCUCAACAGCUUCAAAAUAUAUCCGGUAAUAUGGCGCAAUUAGAACCAAUUCUUUCCACAGUAAGAUCAUAUAACCAAGAACCAAAUCGUAGUUCAUUUUCACAGCUACUUCAGAACUUAUCAGAGACCAAAAGUUUAUCCCAAAAGUUCCCACAGCCAAUUAUGACUACAGCUUCAUCUAAUAAAAGAUCAAAAUCGCAAGCUGCUACUCCAAUAAGCUCUACUUCUAACCAAAACGUUAAUCUGUCCAGCGUCGCUCCUGCACCCGCUAAGAAACCAAGAAAACGUCAACCAAAGAAACAGACAACAAGCUCAAAGAAGCAAAAUAUACAGCCAUCUCAACAGAGUCAAAAGUCUACGCCUACUGCGUUACCAAUAAAGAGUCAAAAAUCAGCUCCACCCCCUAAUUUAAACCCUACACAAUUUAUGGCAGCAAACAGUGUAUCACCUACUAAUGUAAUCAAUACACCGGUGAUUGCAACUCCAUUAAAUGGAAUAAAGUCUCCAACUGUUAAUUCUCCACAAGUUAAUAAUAAUCUUAUAGGCUCAAAUGAUAUAUUUCCUGGCUCAAACCAGCAUAUUAGUAUGAAUAAUAUUACACCAGCAAAUAUAUUGAACACUAAUUUAAUGAGUAAUAAUGGCAAUAUUAAUAACAAUAGCAAUAAUAGUAAUAGCAAUAAUAGUAUGAACUUUAACGUAAAUGCUAAUAUGAGCCACAAUAACGGUAGCAAUAACUCAACUAAUAAUAAUAACACAAAUAAUAGUAAUAAUAAUAAUAACAAUAAUAAUAAUCAUAAUAAUAGAUCCAAUAUUAGUAUGGGUUAUAACAGUAAUAUUGCAAACAACAACCAUACUAUGCAUAAUGCUAAUAAUUCUAAUAGCAGUGCUAGCAAUCAUACAAAUAGCAACAAUAAUGGAAAUAACAAUGCUAACAACAAUAAUAUUAACAGUAUUGAUAGCUCGAAUCUCAAUCUCAGCAACAGCAAUAAUGGGGGAAAUGAUUUAAAUUUAUUAGACUUUAACAAUAUUGAUUUUGGGAACAGUCUAGAUUUUGUUUAG